AUGGAAAUCCUGAUGGUCCGCAUCAAGGUCAAGUCCGAACACCUCGAUGAAUUCAUAGUGGAGAUGAUCGGCGACGCGGAGGGUUCGGUGAUGAACGAACCGGGAUGCCGCAGGUUCGACAUCGUCCAGGAUAUGGACGACCCGACCAUGCUCGCCCUGUGCGAGGUCUCCAAGUGCAAGCCGGUGUUCCCGAUUGGCGACGCGCAGUGGGACUCCCACAGGGCGGACGCGGUGCAAGACCCCGCAUUCGAACGCGGCCUCCACAUAAUCCACGCGCCGCUCCCGAUCAAACCCGAACGGGUCGAUGACUUCAUAGAGUCGCUCAAGGGCGAUGCGAUCGGUUCGACCCGGGAAGAGCCUGGGUGCCUGAGGUUCGACGUCUACCAGAACGUCGAUAAUCCGGCCGAGCUCUACCUAUACGAGGUGUACGUAAACCAGGCCGCGUUCGACUAUCACGCGAAGACGCCCCACAUCCAGGAGUGGCGCAAGACCGUGGAAAACUGGUACGCAGGCGAGCGAGCCGGCGGCCGACGCGGGCUGAACAUCUGGCCGCCGGACAACUGGAACUGGAGCUCCGGCAAGCCCAGCCACUAG